GGUUCUUGGCCGCCUAUGUCCAUACAAGAAGACCCAGAAGACAUUAGUGAAGAAUCCAAAACAAUAGGACAGAAAUUAUAUUCGUAUUUCGUGGAAAUUAACAAUGCAUUAGAAUGCACGAGCGAAGAACAUCGCGAAGACAAAGAUGAAACAAAUAUCAGUGAUGAAGAACUCUUCACAUACGAAUCAGGUCAGGAAGACGAUGCAACUGCAUUAUCUGCAGAAUCGUCAGUCGAAGAGAGCGAGAGUGAGGAAGAUAAAAAUAUUCCAUUUUCAGCUAAAUGCAAAGUUGUUUCAUUAUCUGAACAGCAUCCAGCAUGGUCUUUGAAAUCGUUACAAACGAAGGGAUCAAAAUUUUUGAAAUCAAGAAUGCAACUAACUCGAUGGAGAAGACAAGUAUCUCAAGGAGGAUCCAGAAAGGAUAAGAUGAAGAGGAUCGAUACGUAUGUUUAUAGUAAAUUCUGUGAAGCACGGGAUGAGAAACGUAGAAUGGUAACAUCUCGAUUAUUGCAACAAUGGGCCAUGGAAGCAGGACGUAAAUUUUUGGAUGAAGAUGCGUAUAAGGAGUUUAACGCAUCGUCACGUUGGAUACACAAUUUUAAAACUCGACAUCGCAUCAGACAGAGGAAAGUGACGAAAUAUGUGAGUGAUAGAGACAUUAGAAUUGCGGAUAAAGUUUCAAAUGCUGCUCACUCGUUUCAAGUAGAAACAGCCGCAAUCGUGCAGAUCUUUAAUCCAGAUCACGUAAUUAACACCGAUCAAACGGGUGUAGAAUAUUUUAUAAGUAGUGGGUGUACCUUGUCUUACAAGGGUGAAAAACAAAUGGAAGUAAAUGUUCAUAGUGUACAAAAAAUGACUCAUUCGUAUACUGCGCAAUACGCAUUGAUACUGUCAGGCAAACUUCUUCCGAAGGUAUUUAUUUGCUUGCAAGAAGUUAGUGGAAGAUUUGGUCCUCAAGUUUCUCAAGAGGUUGCAAGACUGAUGGAAGAAUUUGGAAAUGUUGUUGUCACAUGCACAAAAUCUGGUAAAUUACACACGGAUACAUAUAAACAAUUCUUAAACGACGUCAUUGAACCGUAUGUGCAGAAGAAUCCGUUCCUUUACAUUACUGACUCUUGGGCAGGUCAAACAAAUCCUGCCCUAUAUGAGCAAUUUAAAGAUGAAAAUGAACAACCGACAUGCACAUUUAAGGUAAUACCGCCAAAAUGCACGUCAUUGUGCCAACCCUGCGAUAUAUACUUCUACCGGCAAGUGAAGCAUUUAAUACGAAGAAUACAAAAUCAUCAUGCAUCAGAGGAGGGCAGUUUAAUAGUAUAAAUGAAUGUACGCUGUUUAAAUGGAGUAAACUUGUAAAAAAUAAUUGCGUGUGUGUAUGUGUGUGUAUAAUAACAAAUAAACGCGUGUAAAUUCCGAAUGCGGCAAAGAUGUUAAUGUACGUAUUAGAUAGGAAAGAUAACUUGAAUCCUAUAAAAACUUCAGCGCAUGUAAUUAUUUAUUAAUAAAUGCAAUGAUAAUAACACAGUUGUUUCAGUUAUUCGAAAAGGGACAAAUCAUUUAAAAAGAAAGAAAAGAAAAAAUAAUAAAAAAAAAAAAUAUUGGGAACCAUGGACAGUUAGAUUACAAGUCGAGCGUUUUACCGCGGAGCUAACCGCUUCUAUGUGUUAGUUUGUCAUACUUCUCAAUGUAAGGAGUAACUAACUUUAAUUGUUAAUAUCUUUUAAACAAUCAGCCGUCUGCCCCCAAAAGGGGGUAUAGGCGUGUUUAGGGCGACGAGCUCUACAAGGUGGCAAAGUUUCAUUAAUAAGUGAGCGUAACACUUGGGUAGUUCCCCUCGUCAGGGUACAAGAUCUCUUAUUAGCGUAGACGUGUGACUUUGGAGACUACCUCUCAGGGUCGAAGUGUCGCGCUAUGGUCCGGUUGUCGGAUCGCGGGCUUGUAUGGUUUUACACGAAAAGAACCACGAGUCGCCAAGUGGUAUCAAGCGUAUUGUGUGGCAUGAAAAGGGCUCUUCGCGACGUAUUCGGAUUGUCGAACUUGAACAAGAGGUCAAGCGGAGAAAUUCCAAACAUGCAAUUAAUUCACGAGUACAGAGAAAAGAAUGAAUGGUAUUUGAAGUGUACAGCAGAGUUAGAAAAAAAAAAAAAAAAAA